AUGCCCAGAAGCCUUCUGGGAAGUGUGGACUUGAGGAAGACGCUGCACCGCUUCGGCACAUUGGCCAUGAAGAAGUUUGCCGAGGUCCAGCAGGAAAACCGGGAGGCUUUCGUCAACGUGAACAAUCAUUUCUUCCAGCACCAGGACACAAAUCCCUUCGCAGCUAUGGAGUCGCCUGAUUCCUGGCCAGAGCUUUACAAGAGCCGGGAAUACAAAGAGUGGGCGGAAACGAGCAUCGAGAUUUGCAUGUCCUUCCUGGACAAGAUGGGCGUGCCGUUGACCAAGGAGGAAAGGGAAGAAAUGGAGGUGGUCACAUGGGCAGCGGUGUAUCCUACGAUGAAGCCGAAGGACCCAGUCACGCAUUACUACCAUGCCCACCAGGAGUCUAUCGUGAGCUUUGUCCUCUACGUGAAAAUGCCUGAACCAACGACACCUUUGACAAUCUCCGACCCGCGGGGUGCUCCGCCGAUCGAAGAUUUCGAGUGGUUCCAGGACCGAGGUGACAUGGGUGUGGACAGCGAGCCUCCGUUCCACCGGCCUGCGGCCUUCUAUGCAGAGGAGGGCGACGUCCUGAUCUUUCCCUCUUUUGCCAUUCACAAGGUCCCGCCGCACAUCGGGAAGGGCACUCGCGUCGUGUUCCCAACGAACUGCCACCUGCCAAAGAAACGCAGGAAGUUGUCUGGGAAGCACAAGGGGAGCGAGAGCCCCCUCGAUGGGUGGGAGCGAGUCGCCAAGCCUGAGGCACCCGCAGCACGGCCUGCAGCAGUGGCGAGCUACGCCGCGCAUGCCAAGGCCGCGCUGGACUUGGCCGAGAAGCUGAAGGAUCCGUACAUGAAGAUGUGGGAGGUGCAGAACCAAGUUAUGGCCAUGCUCCAAUUCGGAGCGUCAGAUGCCACGGCUUGGCUGGCGGCAGGGAAUAUCUCUGCCCGCGUCGCUGUGAUCCUCGACAUGAGAGGCGAGGGAGAGUACUACCUGGAUGCUGCUCUCAUGUUCGCCCGCGCCAUCCUGCUUGAUCCGAGCAUUCGUCCCACAGUGGAGCAGUGCCUGAAAGACCUCAUCCCGCAGAAGGUCCCCAAGAAGUACAAGGCUGCUUACACUGCGCUGAUGCACUGGAGGAAGCUGAUCAUCUCAUGGGGCGACACGCCACCGGAGGUCGAGUUUUCGCAGUUCCUCCACCCGGCGCUGAACGGAGCAGAUCGCUGCAGCCGCAUGUGCCCCCAUCACAGAGAGCCAGCUCUCAGGACGUUGCGCCUGCUGCGAGUGUUCGGCAGCCAGGUUCACGUCCUGCAGACGAGGCAGGUCCGAGAGGUUGAGGAGGCGGUCGCAAAGCUGCUGGAG